CACGCGCGUACCUCGCCACAUCGACUCUGCGCGCCAUGGCCGCCCAGGCAGCCACCCUUCGAGGCGACGAGUACUCCUCCCGUUUGCCCACUCCACCACGUAUUGUCGUACCGCCGCCGACAGCAAACAUCAACCUGGCUCCCGAGUUCGAUCUGCAUCCCAUCGCCAAGUCCGGCCCGCUUGCAGCCGUCAACUACAAACACAUGACAACCAGCAGUCUCCUGGACUGGAGCUACGAGCGUCGUCGUCAAGCCCAGCAAAUCCUCCCAUUCCUCUACCUGGGCCCCAUGAGUGCUGUCAAAGAUCGCGACUUCCUACGAAAUGAGGGCAUCACUCUGCUCAUGGCCGUUCGUCAUUGCCAGACGUUGGAAAGCAAAAUCAUGCAGUCUGCUUUGAACGUUGCCGACGAACUCAACAUCGAAAAGAAAGCCCUCGACAUGUCUAGUGCCUACGAACUGGUUGCCUCGUUCCCUCGUGCAGCAACCGUCAUCAACCAACACAUGAACUCUUGUCCUGGAGCAAAGGUUCUGAUCUUUUGUGAAAGCGGAAAUGAGCGUUCUGCUGCUGUCGUCGCUGCAUACAUCAUGGAUAUUCUGGCCGACGUCGAUCACAUCAAGGCCAUGCAAAUCGUCCAGGCUCAACGCUUCUGUGUCAACUUCGACGAUAACGUCAAACGUCUGCUCCAAGGCUACUGGGAUAUCUUGCAGGCCAAACGUGCCACCGCCAACAUGAACACCAGUGGCACAGCUAAGCGCGUCCUUGAAAGAGAGACCGACGACGAUGGCAUGGACGUGGAUGAUUCAGGCGACGAUGGUGAGAGGUUCGGGAGCAGAACCUUUGCUCCCUUUGUGGAUACUGCAUAG